UUAUUCAUUUAUUUGUUUUUUUUUUCUGUGUAAUGAAGAAUGCAGGGUCUGAAGGUGAGUUUUUUUUGGCUACCAAUCCUAAAUUAUCAGGUUCACCUCCAAGGAGGGCUCCACCAGCUGUUCCUUUUGUGGCCCCAUCACCCAUUAUGUCAGACAUAACAUCACUCCCCUUUGAGGCAACAGAAGAGGAUGAACCAGUUAUAUCCAACUCAAAAUCUUUUAACUCGGGCCCAGCUCAGAAUUUAACUGUUGAUGACAUUGAUGAUUUUGAGGAUGAUGAUGAUUUGGAGGAACUGAAUAGUCGCAGGUAUUCAAGGAGAACAAUGAAUGAUACUGUUGAUCUUGUUGUGGGUUUGCCUUCAUUUGCAACAGGUAUAACUGAUGACGAUCUUCGUGAAUCUGCCUAUGAAAUCCUUCUGGCUGUUGCAGGAGCUUCGGGGGGACUUAUAGUGCCAUCAAAUGAGAAGAAAAAAGAAAAGAAAUCCAAAUUGUUGAAGAAGCUUGGAAGGAGUAAGAGUGAACAAGUUAAAAUCAAUCCCAACAAUCGACUGGUUUGACUGGCCUACUGGAGACAAUGCGUGUCCAG